UGCGGUUGCCGAUAGUCAACUGUUUCGUGUAUUGCAACAGCAGACGACCCUAAUUCAUCUUGUUUUCGAAAAAAAAAAAGCUUUUCCAAACUUUUCACUUCGUGCUAAUCCCACGAAUUUAUUAUUUAUUUUUAAUGACUCUUGUACCAAGUAAAGAUAUUACGGCAAAAGUAAGUUCCGUUUUAGGACGUGAAGUAAAGUCAUAUGGCAAACAAUUUUUGUUCGAUGGCUGCGACCAAACCUGUUGGAAUUCUGACGAGGGAACUCCUCAGUGGGUAAUGGUUCAGUUUGCAAAACCCGUGCCAGUGACAAAGUUUGAAAUUCAAUUUCAAGGGGGUUUUGCAGCCAAAAGCAUCUGCCUUCAAAGAACAAGUACAGAUUCAGGAGUUACAAAAUUAGAAACGAUAAAAACUUACUAUCCAGAAGAUGUCAAUUCCAUACAAAGUUUUCCUAUUCCUGACACACCUUUGCUAACAGAUAAUUUGAAAUUUCUAUUCCCCGAAGGCACUGAUAUGUUUGGGAGAAUGAUUGUGUAUAAGCUCAACUUAUAUCAAGAUUUGUAAUACUUGAAUGUCAUUUUUUUUCUUGAA